ACACACACACACACACACACACACACAUCGCUAGACUAUAUAAAAACAAUCAUCGAAGAAGUUAGUAUUUCUUUAAACCCUCUCAGAAUCUCAAUGUUUUCAGUCAGUAAGCGGGUGCAGAAAAUCCGCUCGGUAGGGGUAGUUUGUGUUUUUUGUUUUUAAUUAUUAUUCUAAAUAUUUUUAAAGGCAGUCGUGUGUAAACGCUUGUACUAACGUCUGUAGUAACAAGGUCCAGCUAAAAUUACUCUGACCCAUUCAAAUUUGCAAAGCUGGCGCUGUGCCUGGCGCAUCAGCUCAUCCGAUGGUCCUGAGUUGAUCUCAGUCUGGUUUAUAGAGACCCAACCGAAAGGGCUGUGGAAAUGCUUCCCAAAGAUCCUCAGCUGAAUGGACUGAAGGCACUGGCAGCAGCUAGAUGAGGUAGGAUGGAAAUGUUGCUGAGGAGAAACCUGAGCAGGAGACUUGGGUUCUGCCUUCUGCUGCUGGCUCUCUUUUGUGAGGCUACAAGCCAGAGAAGAAAGUCUUCACGCAAGAACUACAGGUUGCGUGAUGAUGGAGGAAACGGUAUUCCUAAGAAGUCUCAACAUGUUGGCGGUCUGACAUGUUCACUAGAAGUGGCAUUUGUACUGGACAGCUCUGAGAGUGCAAAAUUAGUCUUGUUUGAGCAGCAGAAGGCGUUUGUGUUGAGCUUUAGCACACGUCUCUCUAUGCUGCAAGUGGGUUCCGUGCCGCAGGUGGACUGGGUGCUCAAGGUUCGAAUGGCUGCUCUUCAGUUCAGCAGCUCUGUUUCCAUGGAGCACAGAUUCACAGACUGGACAGACCUGGAUUCAUUCCACAGUAAAGUCAGCACCAUGAAUUACAUCGGCCACGGCACCUACACCACUUAUGCCAUCACCAACGCUACACAGCUGCUGGUGCAGGAGACGCCCAAGGACAGUGUCAGGAUUGCUGUGCUGAUGACUGAUGGAGUUGAUCAUCCACGUAACCCUGACGUGUUAGCUGCUGCUGCUGAGGCCAAAGGCCAUGGCAUCAAAUUCUUUGCUGUUGGGUUAUCAGAUAUCGCCCAGCAGAGCCAGAAUACUGCUAAGCUUCGGGCCAUCGCCAGCACACCUGCUCAGCAGUUUGUACAAAGUCUUCAGGACCCUCAACUGGAAGAGAAGCUGCUCAGAGGGAUGGGUGCAGUUGCACUUGAAGAGUGUCCCCAGGCUCAUGUGUGUUUGUGUGAAAAAGGAGAAAAAGGUCCACCAGGAAAUCUGGGUGGAAAAGGAGACCAAGGGGACAGAGGCUUGCCUGGUCUUAAAGGAGCAAGGGGUGAGCCUGGCUUGGAUGGUCAGCCUGGAAGUGACGGACCUCAGGGCCGUCCAGGUUACAAGGGUAGUAAGGGGGAGCGAGGAGAGUGUGGUGCUCCAGGAGAGAAGGGUGACAUUGGACCUGAGGGACCUCCAGGCCUGCAAGGACCAAAGGGAGAAGAGGGUGAAAUAGGACCAAUAGGAGACACAGGUCCCGAGGGCCCCGUGGGACCAAAAGGAGACCGAGGACCAAACGGUGCACCUGGUCCACCUGGAGACUUUGGAAUUGGAUUCCCAGGCGCCAAGGGUGAAAAAGGUCUUCAGGGAAAACCUGGACCCACAGGUCCUGUUGGGAUAGGAGAACCAGGACUGCCAGGACCACCAGGAACACUCGGAGCACAAGGAAACCCUGGAGUUCCUGGAGAAGGGUUUCCAGGACCAAAAGGGGAUCGUGGAUUUGAUGGUCCUCAGGGCAAACGUGGCCCUUCUGGUUUGGGGAUCAAAGGCGACAAGGGGAAUCGCGGACCACCUGGGAUCCAAGGUCCAAAUGGUGCUCCUGGUGUCGGACUUCAAGGAGAAAAGGGAGACAGGGGCCCAGUUGGACCUACAGGACCCAGAGGAGCUCAAGGUAUUGGAUUAACAGGACCUAAGGGGAAUGAGGGCCCCACAGGUGAGCCUGGACUGCCAGGUGAGAGAGGUGUGGGACAACCAGGACCCAAAGGAGACCCUGGAGCUAAUGGCUUACCGGGACUUUCAGGUCCACCAGGCGAGGAUGGAAGCCCAGGACAAAAGGGUGACACUGGUUUGCCGGGGUCCAGAGGACCCGAUGGGGCUCCUGUUAAGGGAGCCCCUGGAGAGAAGGGAGACAAAGGGGACAGGGGAAGCAGAGGCCAGCUGGGUCCAGUUGGCCCUAUGGGGCCGAUGGGGCCAAAGGGGGAACCAGGAAUUAUUGGCCCUCCUGGACCCAUUGGACCCCCAGGCAGGGGGAUUCCUGGAGCCAAGGGAGAGCUGGGUCCACCUGGUCCUGCUGGAGCAUUGGGAGAACCUGGUUUGGGAUUACCUGGACCCAAGGGUGAUAGGGGGCCUCUAGGGCCGAUUGGGCCACCUGGACUGAAAGGUGAAGGGUUCCCCGGUGCCCCGGGCCUUCCUGGACCUCCUGGCCUGACAGGAGAGACUGGAGCAGAUGGCAUCGGUUUACCGGGACCAAAGGGAGACAGAGGCUUACCUGGACCUGCUGGACCUUCUGGGCCACCAGGAAUUGGUCUGAUUGGUCCCAAGGGUUUAGCCGGUCAGAUGGGUCCACAGGGUCCCCAGGGGUUACCAGGAGAAGGAAUACAAGGACCAAAGGGAGAUAUUGGAUUUCAGGGGAUUCCCGGACCCCGAGGUCUUCCAGGACAAGGUCUGCAGGGAGACAAGGGGGACCGAGGGUUCAGAGGUGAGAAAGGCAAAAAGGGAGACAGUGGGCAGCCUGGGGAGCCAGGAGGAAUCGGACCUGAGGGCAGCAUAGGACAGAAAGGAGACCCUGGACUUACAAGGGACGAGAUCAUCAAAAUAGUCAGAGAAAUAUGUAGAUGUGGGGUGAAGUGCCGCCAAAUCCCCCUGGAGCUCGUCUUUGUGAUUGAUAGCUCAGAGAGUGUUGGCCCUGACAACUUCAAUGUGAUCAAAGACUUUGUGAACGCCCUCGUUGACCGUGCCUCAGUCAGCCGGGAGGCCGCCCGCAUCGGCGUGGUCCUCUACAGCCACAUUAACGACGUGGUGGUCAGCCUCAAACAGGAAGCUUCGCAGGAUGAGGUCAAAUCUGCAGUGCGCUCCAUGAAUUAUUUGGGUGAAGGUACCUUUACCGGCAGCGCCAUCCAUAAGGCCAACCAGGUGUUCCAGGUGGCACGGCCGGGUGUGAGGAAGGUGGUCAUCAUCAUCACAGAUGGACAGGCGGAUAAGAGAGACUCCAUAAGUCUUGACAGCGCGGUAAAAGAAGCUCAAGGAAGUAACAUUGAGACGUUUGUGAUCGGGGUGGUAAACGAGAGUGACCCCCUGUCUAUAGAGUUCAAGAAGGAGCUCAGCUUCAUCGCCACGGACCCCGACAGCGAACAUGUAUACCUGAUUGAUGACUUCAAAACACUUCAAGCUCUGGAGAAAAACCUGCUAAGUUGUAUCUUUGAGGACACAGGGAGGCAUUUGUUCUCCACCAUCCCGAGGUCCUUACUUCUUUCAGGGAUCCAAGAAGACCUUAACAGUGUUCCAAAGCCACCAUUCAGAAAAGAAACAAGCCCACCCGGCUUCAAUGGAGACUUCAGGAGGGUUCAGAUAGUGCCCAUCGCUCCACCAUCCAACGGCAGGGAGCCCGUCACUCCGCAGAGAACCAGGACGGACGACGACAGAACCUCCUCAGAAACUCAGAGGUUUCCCUUCUUCGACAGGGAGCCCUUCAGACCCGUAACAGAAUUCCUCCCACGGUUUGAGAUGAACAGCCCUCCACACCACCUGACCGGAGCCAUAGGGCCAGCUGGUCCCACGCUGAGAGCCCCCCGUGGGGACGACAUAGCAGCACAGUCUCCACCAUCUCCUCCGCUGUUGCCCUCAGACUCCCACACAUCAGAGGGAUGCAGCCAGGUCCUGGAUCCAGGACCGUGUCGGGACUACGUAGUGAAGUGGUACUACGACGCCACUGCCAACGCUUGUGCUCAGUUCUGGUUUGGAGGCUGUCUAGGAAACAAAAACCAGUUUGAGACUGAGAGGAGCUGUAGAGAAACCUGCGUAAAAGUCUAACAUUCCUUUAGUUAUGAACAUAAAUGUUGAACC